AUAUUAAUUCAUAUGUUACGGGUAUGUAUUAAUAUUAAAAUGGAAAAUAAUAAUGGAGAAACUAUAUGUUAUAAAUAAAUUUAAAAUAUAAGGGUUAAGAAAGAAAGAUAGAGAGAGAUAAAGCAGAGGUGUCCCAAAGGUUUGGUUUAUGGUGGCCAAAGCCAAAGGUUAGCUUCCGCUGAUUUGCACAGAGAAUCCAAAGGACAAUUAGAGAGAGAAGUUGUAAGUAACCAGAACUGAACACAACGCCGAGAACCCAAGAAAAAAAAAACAGGAGAGAGAGAAAGAGAUUGUUAUAGUUUUGAAAUUUCCAAUCAAGUCCUUUUUCUUCUUAUCCAAUCCGUUUCUGAGGGACUUGGUUCUUGGAUAUGGAGAAACUUUUGGUCUGGAAAUUUUCAUACUGAGACCCAGAAAAAGGAAAACAGAGAGAGAGAGAGAGAGAGAGAGAGAGAGAGAGAGAGAGAGAGAGAGAGAGAGAGAGAGAGAGAGAGAGUGGGGGAGGGAGGGAGAAACAGAGAGAAAGAGAGAGGCAACUGGAUUAAAUUUUGGGUUCUGUGACUUUUCUUCCUUAAAAAGCUCAAUUGGGUUUUUACGGAGACAUGUUGGAGGGUCGGUCCUGUCUGGUGUCGAGGCUAUUUUCGAGCUCUUGCCAGCCUGAAACAAAGUGGUGCAUGACUUAUCAUCUUCUUGAAGUUGAAAUUGGUAGCAGCAACAACAAACGACAACUAGAUAUCGACUCUGAAGAAGACCAGCUGCAAAGGAAAUCUUCCAAGCUAUUGGAUUCUUGGGAGGGACUUGGAAUGUCACAAGGUUCCCGGGAGCUAUCGAAUAAUCGUCACCAUGCUGGCAAUUCUUCAGAUUCUGAUUCCCUAAUCCAUCGAAUUGGCCGGGACAACUCCAUUAGUUGUCUGAUUCGUUGUUCAAGAUCUGAUUAUGGUUCCAUUGCUUCUGUGAAUAAAAGUUUUAGGUCGUUAUUUCGAAGUGGCGAGCUGUACAAGCUUAGGAGACUGAAUGGUGUGGUUGAACAUUGGGUGUACUUCUCUUGCCAGCUUCUUGAAUGGGAAGCUUUUGAUCCGGUUCGUGGUAGGUGGAUGCAUUUGCCUAGGAUGGCCUCAAACGAGUGCUUCAUGUGUUCUGACAAGGAAUCCUUGGCCGUGGGAACUGAACUUCUUGUAUUUGGUAAGGAGAUGAAUGCCCACGUAAUACAUAGAUACAGUCUUUUGACAAAUUCUUGGUCAUGUGGAAUGAGGAUGAAUGCUCCAAGAUGCUUGUUUGGUUCUGCCAGCCUUGGAGAGAGAGCCAUUUUGGCUGGUGGUUGUGAUUCCGGUGGGAAUAUUUUAAGCUCUGCCGAGCUGUACAAUUCUGAGACUCAGACAUGGGAGACACUCCCCAGUAUGAGCAAGCCGCGGAAGAUGUGUUCAGGAUUUUUCAUGGACAAUAAAUUUUACGUUAUUGGGGGGAUUGGAGGGAAUGAGAACACAGUUCUAACAUGUGGGGAGGAGUUUGAUUUAAGAACGAAAACUUGGAGGGAAAUCCCCAACAUGUCUCCAGGAAGAGGUGCUGCCAUAGCCAAUGAAAUGCCUGCAACAGCAGAGGCACCACCUCUUGUUGCAGUUGUAAAUGAUCAAUUGUAUGCAGCUAACUAUGCUGAUAUGGAGGUAAAAAAAUAUAACAAAUUGGAGAACCGGUGGUUCACAGUGGGGAGAUUGCCUGAACGAGCCGUGUCAAUGCAUGGCUGGGGAGUAGCGUUUAGAGCUUGUGGGGAUCGGCUUAUUGUGAUAGGGGGGCCAAGAUCAGGUGAAUCUUUUAUAGAAGUGAAUUCAUGGGUUCCAGGUGAAGGUCCAGCCGAAUGGCGUUUACUUGGAAGGAAGCAGUCGGGUAACUUUGUCUAUAAUUGUGCUGUGAUGGGCUGCUGAUUCCGGGCAUUGCCUUACUUUACACUUACAGAAACGGUGUUUCUCUCUCACUCCCCCACCAGGCUCUAUAAGAUUGAUUUGUCCAUCGACAAAAGUGUCCUGCUAAUUGGUAAUUUUCCUCCUUUUUUUUAGUUAAUUUUUCUCUUUGGGUGGGAGAUAAGGUGCAGAAGCAUUUCAGAUUUUACUCAAGUUCAAUUGAAUAUUUACUUUUACUAGGAGAGAACUUGAGGGUUUUACUUUUUUCCUUUUCUCUUUUCAACUAUUUAUUGUUCCUCUUCAGAUCCUUAGCUCCAUUGAAUUUGUCUCCUCACCCCCAUUUUUAGUUACAUGAGAAAUAUAAAAAAAAUUGGCAUCAUUUUAGCACAGGAAUAGGCUCAAUAAUUUGGAGUAACAAACACAAUACUGGAUGCUGAAAGCUAUUUUUAAGAAACACAGAAACUAGUCAUAUGGGUUUCAUUUUUCUUCUUAAUUUAUUGCCUUUGUCUUCAAGAGAAGAAAUAAGUUUGUGAAAGGUUGUUGUCUUGGACGCUGGCUUAUGUACUGAUUACAUUAAUUGAUGAAAUUGAUGGGCUAUAAUUUUUAGCUUC